AUGCCGCAAGCACUUCAAGAUGCAGCUCUCAUCCCAUCACCGUCGAAAUCGUGGAACACGAACCGUCUGGGCGCGCGCUUUGGCGUCGAUAUCGUCAGUGCAGCAACGGCCGGUGCUUUGACAUGUCCCAUAAUCACCGUGAUAGAUCGCGCCAUCAUCGAAAAAGCGGCCAAGGGCGUUCCAAUCAAAAACACGAUCACAUCUGCAUUCCGAGAUAUCAUACGAAAACCAUCAGGCUUCUUCCUGGGAACGCCGUUUCUGCUCAUUUACACCCUCUACACGUCGACCUACCUCACCGCGAACACGAUUGACACCGUCACGUCCACACUGAAGGAUAAGCCGUUCUCGAGCGUGUUCCCGGACACCGCGAAGUUCCUUACGACGACGGCAGUGAACAUGGGGAUAUGCGUAUACAAGGAUGCGCGGUUCGCGCGGAUAUUCGGGAAACAAUCGCACGCACAACCACAAGCACAACCACCGCAACCGCCCUCUGCCAAAUCGCCAUCAAAUGGCCUGUUCACAUCGACGACGCCCGCAUCCUGCCAUCCCUCUCCAACAGCAGGCGGCGCACCGAAAGUCCCCAAGGUCUCCUACACCCUCUUCUGCCUCCGCGACAGCAUCACGAUCUUUGCGUCGUUCAAUAUCCCCGCCCUCGUCGCGCCCUCAAUACCGGACUCCAUUGCUGCCACGCCCGCCAUGAAGUCCGCCAUCGCGCAGUUCAGUUGUCCGGCGCUGAUGCAGUUCGCUAGCACGCCGAUGCAUCUGCUCGGAUUGGAUCUGUAUAAUCGUCAGCCGCCGGGUGGGCUCGGAUGGAGGGAGCGUGCUGGUAGGAUUAGGAGGGACUAUGUGGCGAGUUGCUUUGCCCGCAUGGGGAAGAUCGUCCCUGCUUAUGGGAUUGGGGGUGUGGUCAAUGUUCGCAUGAGGGCGGAGCUGAUGGGGUGGCUUGAGAGGUUGGAUGCGGCUUCGGCUUAG